CUCUUCACCGGUGGUGCAAGGCGUGCAGCAGCUGCUCCUCCUCCUUCCUGUUUUGUGAAUCGGCGCCCUAGAUCUUGGACUUGGAGAUCGAUUCGUGGGCUUGUAAUUUCAGAUUGAAAUCAUUGAAUCUCUGCAGCAACCCAACUCCGUCUGCUGCUUGAAACUUUCUAGCUUCGCCGGUGGUCGGGUGGUCUAGUCCAGCUGCUGCUCUCUCUUCUUAAUUGGUGGGCUAGGGGCUAGAUCUUGCAUCUUGUUUCUCUUCACCCCUCUCCAGCAACCGAGCUUCAUCUCCAGUAGCCGACCUCCGUCCCCAGCAGCCGAGCUUCGUGUCCAGCAACCCAGCUCUGUCUCCAGCAACCCAACUCCGUCUCCAGCAGCCUAGUUCCGUCUCCAGCAGCCCAGCUCCGUCUCCAGCAGCCUUGCUAUCCCUAACCAUCGACGCUGCAGUCCUUAAUCUCUCCGGCAUCACCGAUCUCUCCUGUCUCCCCGACCACGUAGCCGUCGACCUCUUCCGGGCCUCCUGUGGAGCUAAGAAGUCUCACUGCUUCAACUAAUCUGGGAAGCAGAGCAAGAAACAAGACAAGCAGGGAAAGUGUCGUCAAAGAGAAAGUAUAGAAGAAUCUUUCCUUGGGUCGCCAGUACUCUGCAAGCGGCAGAAUCAGAAAACCCUUUCAUGGAGAGACAUUAAACUCAUAGCACCUUUGAACACUGAACGCUCAAAUAGACAAGCAAGGAAAGCAAGGCAAUAUCUUAUGGUUCUUAAUAAGAGUUGACUCGGGCAAAAUGAAGUUUAUUCUUCCUAGCUGUCAUUCUUCACUGGAUUACAUUCUUUCUUUUGAUUGGACAAUAUUUCUAAUUCAUGUUCAUCAACAAUUUCUGUUUUUUAAUGGGAAAUCCAAACUCCAAAGUAGGCAAUUUGCUCCGGAUUUCCCCCUUCCUUUACUAGGAUGCAGUAUGAAACAGCUUUUGUAAAUAACCUCCUUUAUGAAUCUACAAGAGAAUUCAGAGACAAAAAGAGAGGAUGCCUGAACUAAAGGUUCUUGAUCUUUCUAGAACUUCCAUUCAAGCUUUGCCUAAUUCCAUCACAAACUUGGAGAAUCUCUUUGCUUUGCGGUUAGAGUGGUGUGAGAGGUUAAGGUAUUUGCCUUCUUUAGCAAAGCUUAGGGCAUUGAAGAAGUUGGAUCUGCAUUGUACUGGGAUUGAUGUGGUCCCUCAAGGCGUAGAGAAGUUGAUUAGUUUGGAAUAUCUUGAUUUAUACAAUUGUAAAAGUCUUAAGGAGAUUUCAAUGGGAAUGUUAUCAAACCUUUCCCAUCUUCAAUACUUGGUAGUUGAUACAAAAUUGAAGAUAACAUUAAACAAGGAUGAGAGAUUGAGCAAGUUGGAGACCUUUCAUGGUGUACUUAAUGACAUACAAGGCUUCAAUUAUUUUGUCAAGUCUCAAGAUUUCCAAAUUUUUAUUAAUUACAGGAUUGCAGUAGGAGCAGCAAUGUAUAAGUUUAUAAGGGACCAAAAGAAACUUGUGGUUCUCAUUUAUAACGACAUAGGAGGAGAAUGUAUACUGCUUCCAGAUAACAUUGAGGAUUUGUGUAUCUAUGCAUUACUGGGUAAACUUGAAGACUUGUCUCUUAGGAAAUUGCCUAACUUGAGUGUACUUGUGAGGGUGGAAGGAGGAGCAACACCACGACACGUCUUUUCCAAUCUUAAAAGCCUUUAUACAGCAGAAUGUUCAAGAAUGAGGAAGUUGCUUCCACUUGAGCUAUUGCAGGCCCUCCAAAACAUAGAGAAGAUUGAAGUCUAUUGUUGUGAACAAAUGGAGGAGAUAAUAGCAUCAUCAGAUUCAGAUGCAUCACCGGAUAAAUUCACUUUUCCCAAGUUAAAGGAAUUGAAAUUGUCAUUUUUACCCCAAUUGAAGAGCAUCUGCAGCGCCAAAGGAGUUGUGGAUUUCAAUUUCAGUAUUCCAAUUUUGGCACAAUCGGUUGGCAAUUGGCGAAAAGAGUCCCAGGAUCCUGUCUCCGAUGAACUCCAAGUACUCCUAAAUCCUUUUUUUUGUGUUGAUGAUGGUGAAGCAAUUGAAGAAGGGGACACUGAUGAUGAUGCUAAUGGUGUUGAUUUUAAGAUUGCUUCUAAUGGUGAAAGGCAACAGGAAAAGGAGCGUGGAAAAAGUACCAAUAUUCACGCUUUGUAACUUUACAAGUUCUGCUUUUCAUUCCAUAACUGGUCUUCCAGGCGCAUAGAUUUUUCAAAAUAAUCAUUUUACCAUCUGAUUCUGCUUAUCAUUGAUUUUAAUCCUGCUGAUAGUUAUUUAAUUUGUUAUCAAACAUUGAUUUUAAUUCUGCACUGGAUGUUGGAUGAGACCAUCCUGCACUUCUUCAAUAACCAAAGUUGUGUUUAGAUAAACGAUUUUGGUUUCUCCAUUUCUUCAUCCUCUUUGCUGCCCAAAUUUGAAUAAAGAAACUGAAGCAUG